GCCUUCCAGCAUGGAUCUCGCCCCCGAUGCACUUCGCGAGGGAGCUCGGACAGUGGCGGAACAGGAGCUGAUGUCAGCGGAGGCCCAGGCGUCCCUUCUGUCAUCCAUGAUGAACAAGGGCCCCGCUCCUUCGACGCCCCCGGGGCCAACGGACAGUGGCCUGCCCUCUGCGCCCAGCACAAGAGCCCCGACGACACCGACACAGGUGACGGAGGAGGAUCUGCAGACCGGCAACGGCAAAGGAUGGGGCCGGGAUCACCAGCCUGCAGCUCCGCGUCGGUAUCAGCAGCCCAGCCGCCAGUGGAACCGGGACAGGGACUGGGACCAGGACGAUCGGGAGGAGCGGUUGAUGAUGAGGCACGAAGAUCAGUUGUCCAUCAACCGGGCGCAGGCGACAGAGGCCUGGCGCCAGAUGAAGAAGGACCAGCCGGAGCUGCUCACCCUUCCCCUCAGGACUUGGAUGCUGAAACACUGGGUGGACUUGAUGCUGACAAGGAUGGAAGCUGUGAUGCAGUCCGAGCGCUCCAUCCAGCAG